UGGGGGUGCAGAAAGAAAUCUUGGAGGAGUAGUAAGAAAGCCCCAAACUUUAAAAAAAUUUCUUAACCCUUCACCCAAGUUCAAAAGAAAGCUCACAUUCCCCAACUGCCACCGGUGGAGUUCGACAGCGACACACGGUGGUUUAGGCGGCGGUAAUAGCGACGACGAUCGAGUGGUAGAAGAAGAAAAUCGUUGACGAGGUUCCAUUCUUCUGUCUCUCUCUGCAAUCUCCAAUUCCAAUCCAUGUUUGCUUCGGUGAGCAACAGCAGCAGCAUCAAUAUAUUACGCCGCUGCGCUCUCCUCCGUCCACGUGUCCUCACUCUUGAAUUUUGCUCUCUCCUGCACAGGUUCGGUGCUUCAGCUCCGAUGGACAAUGGCAGCAACAACCGCUUUUCCUCCUACGCUCACGCCUCUUCCAGUUAUCUUGGAGUAUUCUAGUGUACAAAACUUUUGAGGAUUGAAGCUCAAGAUUUGCGGUUUCAUUGGUCUGUAUACAUAAAGCAGGAGGUUUUAUGCUUUUUGAUCUUUAUGUUCAAUUUUGGCAGUGGCCGUGGAAAGGCUUUUGAUAUGAGAAAUGAUAGAGAAAAAACAAGAGGGCGUGGUGGGGAGAGUGGCUCAGGAAAGGACAAAAUCGACGCUCUUGGUAGGCUCCUGACACGAAUUUUGCGACAUAUGGCAUCUGAAUUGAAUUUGAAAAUGCGAAAUGAUGGUUUUGUGAAAGUUAAUGAUUUGCUAAAGCUGAAUAUGAAGACAUUUGCUAAUAUUCCAUUGAGAUCGCACACUGUUGAUGAUAUUAAGGAGGCUGUUCGAAGAGAUAAUAAGCAACGGUUUAGCCUCAUGGAAGAGAAUGGGGAACUAUUAAUACGUGCAAACCAAGGCCACACUGUAACGACUGUUGAAACUGAAAGCUUAUUGAAACCAAUCCUUUCAGCUGAAGAAGUUCCAGUUUGUGUGCAUGGAACCUACAGAAAGAACUUGGAAUCAAUUCUAGGAUCUGGGCUGAAGCGCAUGAAAAGAUUGCAUGUUCAUUUCUCUUGUGGUUUACCAACAGAUGGAGAAGUAAUUAGUGGUAUGAGGCGAGAUGUCAAUGUUCUUAUCUUUAUUGACGUCAGAAAAGCAUUGGAGGAAGGUAUGAAGCUUUACAUUUCUGACAACAAGGUAAUCUUGACGGAAGGUUUUGAUGGCGUUGUUCCUCCCAAAUUUUUUGAGAAGAUAGAAUCAUGGCCUAGCAGACAACCUAUUCCCUUUUGAAACUCUCUUAUAGAAACCUAGUAAGUUGAGGAUUAUUAGAUAUGAUUGUGUAAAACCUCUUACAAGAAUUAACAUUUGGUUUCUUGUUUCUUUUUUCUUCUUAGAGAACUCAGUCACAUUAUUUUGGAUAAUUGAGUUAUUCAUAUAUGUAGAGAUAGUGUAUUAUGUACCAUAUCAUUUAUAUCUUGUUGAUUUUUAA